AUUCAGGACAUCAAAAUCCCACAUGAGGUAACAACGGACAGAGCGAGAACCGAACCCGCCUUCCGAUCCGGCUCCUUGCCCGUACGGCUCCCCGCGCUCUCGGGGCCUCCCCUGCAAAAACGGGGAGUAUACUAUACACAGUAACAACCCCAACUCCGCAACCCAGGAAUCCUCUCGAAGGACCAAGGCCCCAAAAUGCACCUGGUCGGAUAGAUUUCCUCGUAAACCCCAGCACGCUGCCGACGAGGAAGCGAAGCCGGGGGCUGGAGUUCAGGAGGCGGAGAGCAGAGCCCGUCCCCCUCCCGCUCAGCGCGGCGGCGCCGUAGCCAGCACAGAAAGCACCGCCGACGAAGCGCCUGGAAGCCGGCGGGCGGCGACGGCCUCCGCGGCGCCCCACACCAAACUCUGAAAGCCCGCCGCCCGCCUCUGCUCCUCCCACUCCUUCAACCGAUCCUGCCGUGACGCCUCCAUUGUGUGCGCAGCGGCAGCGGCUCCCGGCGACUGUUGUAUCCGGCCGGCGCCUUUUUCUCCUCCUCCUCCUUCCUUCCCCCUCCCCUUUUCCCCGUAGAAACUGCUGUGGCCGCCGCCGCCGCCUCUUUCCCGCCGCCCCUCCCGCUUCUCCUUUUCCUUCAGCCGGGCGCCCCCCGCCUCGCCGCCUCAUCAUCUUCGGUGUCUCCCCCUCCCUUUCACUCGAUGACGCGAUGGCAACGGCCAACUUCGGCAAGAUCCAGAUAGGGAUCUACGUGGAGAUCAAGCGCAGCGAUGUGUGUGAAAAACCCUUUCUAACGAUGCGGAUGAAGUUUGUAGGCGUGGGAAGCUUUGGUGAGAUUACACUUGCACGGUGUGGAUAACAGCGUGCGGAAGAUCAGGAGUCGGCAACCUUAAACACUCAAAGAACCACAAAGGUCCUAACUGGAAGCCCCCUGUUCAAUUCUGGAGCCAAUUGGAAGUCCGGUUCCCUCAGCGUAGAGUCUCCUCCUACAUGUUGGCCUUUUUCCUCUGCUGACCAGAAGUCCGGUUACCCCACCAUAGAGUCGCCUCCUAGUGCGGCAUCCUUUUUUCUCUACCUGUCCUAACCAAAAGCCCUAUGAAUUGUGGAGCUGACAGCGACAGGGAGCCACUGCAGAGGGAUUAAAGACCCGCAUACGCCCAUAGACUGUCUACUAUAGUAGAAGAAUGUUAUUGGUCUUUCUCCUGAAGUGUAAUCAACUUCUCUAUCUACUCAAGUAUUCCAUGUGCACCAUUGCGUACAUUUAGAAUUCAGGUCGAAUACAUGAAGCUAUGGUAACAUCUCUAAAUGAGGAUAAUGAAAGUGUUACUGUAGAAUGGAUUGAAAAUGGUGAUACUAAAGGAAAAGAGAUUGACUUGGAGAGUAUAUUUUCGCUUAACCCAGACCUAGCUCCUGAAGAAGAUGAUCCUAGCCCAGAGACUCCUCCACCUCCCACACCUUCAGCAAAAGUAAACAAAAUUGUGAAGAAUCGAAGGACUGUGGCUCCUUCUAAAACUGAAACUCCUGCUAGAGACAACAGAGUGAUUGGUUCUGCACGUGCACGACCUACUCAGCUUCCUGAACAGUCAUCAUCUACACAACAGAAUGGUAGUGUUUCAGAUAUAUCUCCAGUUCAAGCUGCAAAAAAGGAAUUUGGACCCCCUUCACGUAGAAAAUCAAAUUGUGUGAAAGAAGUUGAAAAAUUGCAAGAAAAGCGCGAAAAACGAAGAUUACAGCAACAGGAAAUUAGAGAGAAACGAGCACAGGAUGUAGAUGCCACGAAUCCAAAUUAUGAAAUCAUGUGUAUGAUCAGAGAUUUCAGAGGAAGUUUGGAUUAUAGACCACUAACAUCUUCAGAUCCUAUUGAUGAGCACAGGAUAUGUGUAUGUGUUCGAAAACGACCACUCAAUAAAAAAGAAACUGUAAUGAAAGACCUUGAUGUCAUAACAAUUCCAAGCAAAGAUGUUGUGAUGGUACAUGAACCUAAGCAAAAAGUAGAUUUAACAAGGUACUUAGAAAACCAAACAUUCCGAUUUGAUUAUGCCUUUGAUGACAGCGCCCCUAAUGAAAUGGUCUACAGGUUUACUGCCAGACCACUAGUGGAAACCAUAUUUGAAAGAGGAAUGGCUACAUGUUUUGCAUAUGGACAAACAGGCAGUGGAAAAACCCAUACUAUGGGUGGUGACUUUUCAGGAAAGAACCAAGAUUGUUCAAAAGGAAUUUAUGCACUUGCUGCUAGAGAUGUCUUUUUAAUGUUGAAGAAGCCAAAUUAUAAAAAACUGGAACUUCAAGUAUAUGCAACGUUUUUCGAGAUUUAUAGUGGAAAGGUUUUCGACUUACUGAACCGGAAGACCAAAUUAAGAGUUUUAGAAGAUGGUAAACAACAAGUCCAGGUGGUGGGAUUACAGGAGCGAGAGGUGAAAUGUGUUGAAGAUGUUCUAAAACUUAUUGAGAUAGGCAACAGUUGCAGAACAUCUGGCCAAACAUCAGCAAAUGCACACUCAUCUCGAAGUCAUGCAGUAUUUCAGAUCAUCCUCCGGAGGAAAGGGAAGCUACAUGGUAAAUUUUCCCUAAUUGACUUGGCUGGAAAUGAAAGAGGAGCUGACACUUCCAGUGCAGAUAGGCAAACCCGACUAGAAGGUGCUGAAAUUAACAAGAGCCUUUUAGCACUCAAGGAGUGCAUCAGAGCCUUAGGCCGAAAUAAACCUCAUACUCCAUUUAGAGCAAGUAAACUUACUCAGGUCUUAAGAGAUUCAUUCAUUGGAGAAAACUCUCGCACCUGUAUGAUUGCUACUAUUUCUCCAGGGAUGGCAUCUUGUGAAAACACUCUAAAUACAUUAAGAUAUGCAAAUAGAGUCAAGGAACUAACAGUUGAUCCCAGUGCUGCUGGUGACGUCCGUCCCAUCAUGCAUCACACUCCGAAUCAGAUUGAUGACUUGGAUGCACAGUGGGGUGUUGGGAGCUCACCUCAGAGAGAUGAUCUUAAACUACUUUGUGAACAAAAUGAGGAAGAAGUUUCACCACAGUUAUUCACUUUUCAUGAAGCAGUGUCACAGAUGGUGGAAAUGGAAGAGCAAGUAGUAGAAGACCACAGAGCUGUCUUCCAGGAAUCAAUUAGAUGGUUAGAAGAUGAAAAAGCGCUCCUGGAAAUGACAGAAGAAGUAGACUAUGAUGUAGAUUCAUAUGCUACACAACUUGAAGCAAUUCUAGAACAAAAAAUUUACAUUUUGACAGAACUUCGAGAUAAAGUGAAGUCCUUUCGCACAGCACUACAAGAAGAAGAACAGGCUAGUAAACAAAUUAAUCCGAAGAGACCACGUGCCCUUUGAGGCGAACUUCUGCUGCUAAAAGAUGCCUGAAUCUUCAUUGCUAUACCAUGCAGCUGGUUGGAAAUGAAGUAGUAAGAAGUCUCAUCUACUUGAAAGAUCUAAAACUUUUGAAGUGUCUGUAGAAAUGUUCCAUUUCUUCCUCCCCCAGCCAACAUUUCAGUUGUGUGGAACGCUCCUGAAUGUCUGGAAAAUGCAUCUAGACCAGAUAGCACAACCAGGCAGGUUUGGGAGCUGGGAAGCACUUUUGUUUCAAAUGUUUAAUGUAAUCAAAAUUGUGAAUCUUUUAUGUUUUGGAAAUCUUUGCCAAUUUUUUUUUAAAUAAUGAAGUACAAUGGUGGACUUGUAAAAACUUCACAGAAUUUUGUUUCAUUUAGUCAAGUUGUUGCAAAGAACAGCUGUGCAGUUUUGUAUUUGUAUGCAUGCCCACCUCAUCAGUGAUUGUAUAUACCUCUUCUUCUAAACAGCUGUGCUUACCUCUACGUGUUUUGUGCCUUGAUCAAGGCAACCUGAUCUUAAAUGUCCUCUCUAAAGCACAGCCUUAAUAAAUGCCAUUCUUUAUUUGUCAAUGUAAAUUACUUUUACUAUUUGUACAUUUAAUGUGUGUUGUUUUGUUUUUCUUUUUGUGACUAGUUCUUCAUUUCACAGUUAUGUGCCAUAUCAUUGAUCUGGAAUUAAAAACUGUCAGUGUG